UUGUUAAGGGGGUCGGAUCGUGUUAUAUGCUUAACGGCUGAGUUUGGACAGAAUUUAGCUUUCCCAGCAAAACAGGGUAGCGGCGGUGCAAAUAGCUGUCAACUGUUGAAAGAGUUUCACUCUUUAAUCUUAAUUCUUAAAUCUACGCAAAAGAGGCGGAUGUUGGUGUUGGCCGUGAGACGAGAGGACUCAAAUGGAAAGACCUUUGAAACGAUGGAUUGAAUUCUUGGUUUUACUCUUAAUACUAUCUGCCAACCACAACCUCCUCUUCAUUCCCAGAGCCCUCGCUGAUGGCGUCACUUCUCUCGAAGCCAAACUUCUCCGGGACGAGGUUCGUGAAAUGUUUUAUCAUGCUUUUGAUGGAUACAUGGAACAUGCUUUUCCACUUGACGAAUUAAGACCUCUAUCAUGUGAAGGAGAAGAUACACUAGGUGGAUAUGCAUUGACGCUGAUUGACGCCUUGGAUACACUGGCUCUACUUGGUGACCGAGAGCGAUUCACUUCCUCUGUUGAAUGGAUUGGUAAAAACCUUCGGUUUGAUAUAAAUAAAACAGUAUCUGUCUUUGAGACUACCAUUCGGGUCCUUGGAGGUUUACUCUCUGCUCAUCUUAUUGCAAGUGAUUAUGCUACGGGUAUGAGAAUCCCAUCAUAUGACAAUCAAUUGCUGGACUUAGCUGAGGAUCUUGCUUGGAGAAUCCUGCCUGCAUUUGACACUCCAACAGGAAUUCCAUUUGGGUCUGUCAAUCUGUUGCAUGGAGUUGAUGAACAUGAAAGCAAGAUAACAUCAACUGCUGGUGGGGGGACUUUGACCUUGGAAUUUGGGCUGCUUAGCCGGUUGACAAACAAUCCUAUUUUUGAGCAAGUUACCAAGAAUGCUGUGCGUGGAUUAUGGGCACGUCGUUCAAGACUGAACUUAGUUGGUGCUCAUAUUAAUGUAUUUACAGGUGAAUGGACACAAAAGGAUGCAGGAAUAGGAACCAGUAUUGAUUCUUUCUAUGAGUAUCUCUUAAAGGCUUAUAUGUUAUUUGGAGAUGAGGAGUAUUUGUUCAUUUUCCAAGAAGCUUAUGCGGCUGUUAUGCAGUAUCUUUAUAAUGAUCCUUGGUAUGUAGAGGUAAAUAUGGAUUCUGCUGCUAUUGUCUGGCCACUAUUUAACAGUCUGCAGGCAUUCUGGCCAGGCCUUCAGGUUUUAGCUGGAGACAUCGAUCCCGCCAUUCAAACACAUGCUGCCUUCUUUAGUGUCUGGAGAAGAUAUGGUUUCACUCCAGAAGGUUUUAAUCUUGCUACUCUAAGUGUUCAGCAUGGGCAGAAGAGUUACCCACUCCGUCCAGAGUUAAUAGAAAGCACAUAUUGGCUUUACAAAGCAACCAGAGAUCCCAGAUAUCUUAAUGCUGGGAGGGACAUGGUUGCCAGCUUGCAAUAUGGAGCGAGAUGCCCUUGUGGAUAUUGUCACAUAACAGAUGUGGAGUCUCACAAGAAAGAAGAUCACAUGGAGAGCUUUUUCCUUGCUGAAACAGUCAAGUAUCUAUGGCUUCUUUUUGAUUUGGCUUCGGGUCCAGAUAACCUUGUAGAAAAUGGGCCAUACAAGUACAUCUUCACGACUGAAGGGCACCUGCUGCCUGCAACCCCCCAAAUAUCUAUUGUAGGGGAACAUUGCUCAUAUUUUGGUGCUUACUGUAAAAGUAGUGACAUUGAACGGGAAUCUCUUAAAUCAGAUAUCUCAAUGAAUCCCCAAGAAACCAAUUCUAGUACAUUUUAUGGAGGUCAAGUUCAUACUGGAUAUCCAUUAGGUUCCACUUCUUUUGAGUCAAGUGCUACAUCAGGGUUGAUGAAGGGGAUUUGUCCUGGAUUAACUCACGGACAAAAAUAUGGCAUAUCAUAUCUGGACUCAAUUGAUACAGCUCAGGAGGAUAAUUCCACCCACCAAAGACAGAAUCCAGUUAAGAGCCAUUCGCUGCUGAUUGUGUCUGAUCAAAGUGCUGGUAAUUCUCUUUCUAAUAACAACGAUCAUGGUAGAAAUGUUCAGGAAUCAGUGUCAGAGUGAACCAUCUCAAGAAAGGGGAAAGCCUGCAGCUGUUGUGAGAGUUCCUUGUAGUUGAAGUGUUCGGAAGGGGUGCAGCCAAAUAAUUGUGAGGAGGUGUUCUUCAUGUCCCUGAAAAAUCAGAAAUAACAAUAGACAAAUGGCGGGCAUUUGCUGACAAAUUAAACUGAUCUCAGUUUUUAAUUGAAGCCUAAAAUUGAUUGGUGUUUCUACUUGGGGCUGCUGGUAUUGAUUGAUCUCUUUUAAAAGGCAAUUGUUGAUAAAUUGUGGAGCACGAGGGUAGAAAUAUAAGCAGGAAAUUCAAGUAGCAUUAUGUCUCAUUGAUCUUCAUGUUGCCUGAAAAGCAGAGGCAGGUACUAUACUCGAUUGCUCUAGGCGUUUGUAACUUAACCUGACAUACAAAGUCUAGUGUACAUUAUACUUUGAUUAUAGCUCAUCAACUUAGCGUUAAUGAGAUACUUGAUCAUCCACUUCAUUAAUUCUGAACUCUAAACUGUGGGUAGUAGGAGGCAGAAGUAAUUGUCUCAUUCUAGGGGGAAUAAAACUAGGGUUGCCAUGGUCUUAGAGGUAGGAUAUUCAUCAUUCAAAGAAGGGGCGAUUGUUUUGUGGAGAUUUAGCCUAUUUUCUAAAUGCAAUUGGUGUUGAUUUGCCAUA